CAUAUUUUAUAUUUUCUAGCGAGGAAUAAGCGGGUCGACUCGCAUGAGAUUAGGAGAAGCAGCCAUAAUGAAAAAAAAAAAGCAAUUGCAUCUUUUGAAUCGCCAAAAUCUACUGUAUUAUCAUCCAUGGAAAUUCUAAACUUUUGGGCUUUCUCUUCCUUCUUUACUUUACUCUACUUUUUUGUUUUCCCCCUUCCUUGUGUUUAGGUUUUAUUUCUGCUACUCUUUUAUUUUAUCAUUCUUCUUCUUUUGCCUUAGAGUUACGAGAUGGUUUUCCAUCAUGACACUAAUAAGUACCAUCAGCUCAACGCACCUCAGCGUUACUCUCCCGUAACUGUUGGUACGCCUGCUGCAUCCACGACCAACGGAUUCGAUUAUCACAGUCAAGCUCGGUCGCGCAGUGCUACGAGGAAUUUCUCUUGCUUACCGAGUGACGACGAAAGCGAUCGCGAGGAUGAUCUUUCGCAAAGCUCAGAUGAUGAAUAUGCACAAACAAAUCAUGUCGAGUCCAAAAGAGCGUCGAUGAAAUCUGUUGGCUUUUCAUCGAAGCCGGCGCGGAAAACGCAACCAUUACCCAGUGAUGCAGAAGACAGCGAUGAUGAAAGCGAUCAUCAGCCGUUGUCUCACCAGCAGUAUCGAUAUGCAGGUGAUGCGCUUCCCCCGCAUAAUCUACGGCAGCAACAGCGGCCUACGCUCUUUUCGACACGCUCCGACAGUAUACCUUUACAAGAAACAGGGGACGGCAGUGACGAUAAUCAAGUCAUUGGUCAUCGAUCGCGAUGGUCAAGAAUGCAUACAUCACAGCCUUACACCCCACAGGUCCCCUUGAUUCAAUAUCAAUAUCAACGUUUGCAGCAGCAGCAACAAUAUCAACAACAACAACAGCAACCGCUAUUAAAUAAGCGGAGCAGUUUGUCUGGUAUGGAGUUAUUGAUGCAGCGGGAGCAAGAUAAACUAGAUGCCAAACGGCAAAAACCCAAAGUGGCGGUGAAGAUUGAAGGAUUAUUGGCGAAAUUACCGGAACCUGGUGCGCUGAAUAUCAGCUUCCAACAACUGCAGCAUGAAAAAACAUUACCAAAAAGCCAAGAUGCUCAACGGUGCCUUUCACGGCCAUCCUCUACUGCGACAUUCUCUCCAGGAGCAUCCUCUUCGCCUUACAACAGUUCAAAAUCCAAUGCGCCGUAUGCAAACGAUCUAGUUCAGUCGUCCGUCUUCCCGAUGGCGAGGUGGUCUACAUCCAUGGUUCAUGACUAUACAGCCGCAGGCGGAAUUCCACGCCGGUCUUCGACCUCCAUGAUGAUAUCGCAAUUUCCUUCGUGAUUGCCUAUAUUGCUGAUACUAUCGCCUUUUCCCGAGUCUCUUCACCUUUCUUUGUUUUCGGCACAUUUAAAGUUUUUCCACCUUUUCGUUUUGACCCCCCUUUCAGACAUUCUGUGAUACAAUAUUAUAUCCUUUUGCUAGAGUUUUGCCCAAUAAAUCACCAAUAGCGAUAACCUCAUUAAUGUGAUAUAUUUAAUGUAGUCAACUCGCAG